GAAACUCUGGAAACCGCAUUUCAUGCUUAAAAGAGACGUUUCGUUUUACAGUUCCUUUCUCGUUCUCUCAAAUAAUCGCCAGCGAGUGUGGUGGAACCACACACUGUACACAAAUUGGCUUCGAAUCAUAGAACCGGCUUCUGCGGUUGGGUUGGGUGUCUGAAGCAGGUAGUGUUAGAUCUAUGUGACGCUGAAAUCUCAGGAUACGGAAGCUUGUCAAAGAUUAGUCCACCUGCAAGAUACAGAUUCUUCACAAGGACAUCCAUGGAAUUUCAUAAAGAGAACAGUGUUUCUGGAAUUGUUCCUGAGUACGGUGCAAUCUUCAUGUCCAACCGUGCUACAAAGAAAGAAUGUUUUAAGCAGAAGCUUUUUGGACUUCCUUUUAAUCGAGCUGACUUUGUGAAGCAAGUUAAGGCUGGAAUGUUAUUAUUUCUCUUUGAAUAUGAGAAGAGGAAACUGUAUGGGGUGUUUGAGGCUUGUUCAGAUGGUUCUAUGAACAUUGCUCCACAUGCAUUCCGUUCAUCAGGAAAGCCAUUCUCUGCUCAGAUUCAUUUCACUACUAUCUGGAAAUGUAACCCACUGUCAGAACAUGAGUUCCGUGAUGCCAUCAAAGAUAACUACUAUGAAGCAUACAAGUUUAACUUUGGUCUUUCUCAAGAUCAGGUUCACAAGCUUUUGUGGUUAUUCAAUACCAAAAAAAUUGAAGUCCAACGGCCUCGGAUUCUCUCCAUAGGAAGUAAGGUCAACAAGUCUGGUUUGGGUAGAGUAACAGUAACUGAGAAUGGCAGAUUUGUAACAACUGGUAGUGUAGAAAAUGAACUUAACACAGUUGGUGGUAUUGAGCCUGUGAACUCGACAAGGUUUCCUGAUUUACAUGGGCCUAACCUUCUUUCUGGCUGUUUUAACAAACAUAUUGUAGACAGAAACAAUUAUAUAGUUCAAACUAAACAUUUGUCUACAUUACCCAGUUCAAUGGAACAACAUUCAACAUCUCAUGGGGAUGCAGUCCAACCUGUCUGCACUAAUUAUCCUUGUAAUCCAGAAGCUCCUCCCAUUAGUCUCUUCCCUUUAUCCAGAAAAAAGAUUAGAUCCUAUGAAGAUAACCUAAAUGCCACAAUAGAUUCUGAUGGCUACAUUCCAUUACCUCUUUCUCCUUGUCAUUAUGAGCACACCAGUGUUGCUGAUUUUAUCAAAACCAGUCCUAUGACAUUAAGUGGUCUUGAGCAAUACAGAGGCUUAUCCUCCUAUGAGCCCUCUGUAACUACCAUGGGUUUGUCAAGGGAGAAUAUGAAUACUCCAUCCUUUGAAUUAAAUUCAGACAAGGAUCUAACUCCAACCUAUGUAAGAGACUGCGGUUAUCAUUCAACCCGAGAAGCUUCAACUGCCCCCAUUCCAUUGCCUAAUGAUUGUCAGCCACGUCUUCUGCAAAAAACUGCUCUGCAAUCUCAAACAAUGGACUUUUAUGCAGACAUCUAUGAUAAUCAUUACCAUACUUCUAUCCAGUCUGACACCCAGAAUAAGAGAGCCAGUGUAUUUUCCCGCCUGUCUGUUGAGAAUACAUCAGUUAAUGAACUUAUGGAAACAUUGCACAAGAAUCGGAAAUGCUGGAGGAAAAAUGCAAGAAAAAUUAAACAAGCUAUCAGACAGCAUGAUGAUGAAAACAAGGAAAUAAUAACAAAGAUGAAGAGAAUUGAUGCUGUUCAACUUGAUGAACAGACUGGGGGUGAUGACAAAAUUUAUGUAGAGAUCCCCCUUGUGAAUUUCAAACGUCGUAGUGAAAUGCGGAAGACACUUGAUGAAACUCAGGCCAAGUGUGUUGAUUGUGCAGAGAGCAUGGAUGUUCCAGUUAAGCAGCAUAAGAGGAGAAAACUAGUGAGGCCAUCCUUCAGUAAUGUAUCUCCUUGUAAAAAUGGCAUCGUCAGCAACCGCUGCUCUGGUAACAGGGAUGAAGAAAAUUCUGGAACUGAGGAGUCGACUUUCAAAAGUGAAGGCGAUGGCGACAAAAAUUUGCUUCAGAAAGUUGGCAUGCCAAAUGUUAUCCCUCCAGCAUGUCAUGGGGGUGCCAGUGGAAAAAUCGAAGAUGAUUCAACCAAUGAGUAUUGCCAAGCUAAGGGGUCAUCGCAAGAGCAUUUUAGUCCUGAGUACCUUCUUAGCUCUGCCCAACUGUCACUGAAAAAAAUCUGCAAUAUGCCGGGUUGUAGUAAAGGUGAAGACAAUGGAAAGUGGUCAUCCCAAGAUUUUGGUAUUUAAGUAGUUUGCCCAGUUGGAUCUCAGAGCAAUCUUGGCAAAAUGGAAGGUACAUGUAAUAGGGAUUCCAGUAUACAACAAACAUCACAAAUGCCUCUUGGUUCAUGCUGAGCAAGGCUGGAUUAGUAACCACGUUUUCUUUUCUUGUUUUAUUCUCUUCUCUUUUGGACAGAAAUUAUUCAGUCUUGGUUCUCAUACUAGGGAAUUAUUGUAGCCAUCUUUGAUGAGCUGAGUCACUGUUCAAGGACAUGUACAGGCAUCUCUUUUAUUUGAUCUUGUUAUCAAGAUCAAUGGCUGUAAUAUUGCUUUUGUAUUGCAACUGUGUAACAUGAUUCCUACAAUAUGUAAUUGCAGAGCUUUACCACGCUUAUAUUUGA